AGGCGGAGCAGGCAGGAGUCGGGAGAAAUGUUGAGUCAGUGUGUGUGAGGAGGACGGAGGUAACUGCUGGUCUCGCUGGAUUCUCUCACUGAACAGGUGCACGGCGCUUCCGCCGCUGUCCUCUGCGGGUGUCCAAACGUUUACGCGGAGCUGCCCCGGUGAGCUCCGACGCACCGGUGACUCACACAGGGAGGAGGUUGGGCCUCUCCAAAGCUACCAGGAAGCUUCUCAGCACACACUUUGUGUCUGAUGACACCAGGAUUUGGAAUUUUUGGAAAGAAAACAUUCUUUCUUGAAAUGUGACAAAGACUUGUAGUCGUUACAGUCCUGUAGAGUUUAAAGACUCUGGUUCAUGAGCAAGGAUUUUUUUCUCUGUGCGCUCUGUCACAAAGGUGCAAACAGAACUACAGAGCUACAGCUGAGGGGCACUGGUAGCCCUGAAUAAUUGCCCCUUGAUUGAAGGCGCCAAAAAGGCUUUUUGUUGGAUUGUCAGGAUAUUAUUAAAGGAGUAUACUGAGACUGAAACUUUAACCAAAAUAACACCCAGGAGGAAGCAGUGAAGGAGAAAAGAGGGCUGGAAGAGGAAGGAAUAGAGGAGACUGAAGGGCAGAUGGCUUCACUGCUUGAAAACACCAACAGCUGGAUGAAUAAAACAUUUGAGUAGAGAGCGAGUCGUGACAUCUGGCUGAGGAGAGUUCAGGUGGUCACUCAGACAGACAGAAACAAGCUUGUGACUCUGCUUGUUUCUACUUCUUGCGUUCCACCUUUUCGUGCCCUCUCCUGCUUGCCCUCCUUGUCUCUCUCUCUACCUCCUCUACGGUGGUGUGUGUGUGUCUGUGUGUGUAUGGGUGUGUGUGUGAUGGUGCGUCCCCUCCUCUCGGCCCUGGAGACAUGCCUGUGCAGGAGAUGGCGGUGAGUCCUGUCAAGUCUCUGUACUGGGAGCAGUUCCCUUCCAUGUCGCAGUGCCGCGUCUACUGCACGCCUGUUUACCACGAAGGCCUGCUCUAUGUGCUCGGGGGCUGCAGUGAGACCGGCAUGCCUCUGGACAGCGUUGAAGUCCUGGAUGUAGAGAGCCAGACUUGGAGCCAACUGCCUCCACUGCCUACUGCGCGGGCGGGGGCCUCAGCUGUGGUGCUAGGGGGCCAGGUUAUGGUGCUUGGGGGAAUGAAUCAGCAGCAGACCCCUCUGGCCUCUGUGGAAAUGUACCACCCCGAUGAGGGCAAAUGGGAGACAAAGGCGAGUCUGGGUCAGCCAUCCAUGGGAGUCACCACAGUGGAGAAAGAUGGAAAAGUGUAUGCGCUGGGGGGCAUGGGUGCAGACACAACACCACAGGCCCUGGUUAGGGUGUAUGAUGUAGAGAAGGACCAAUGGCACCCAAUGACAUCUAUGCCCACACCGCGGUAUGGAGCCACGCCCUUCGUAAGAGGAACCAAAAUCUACGUGAUGGGUGGUCGCCAGGGAAAGACGCCGGUGACAGCACUGGAGGCUUUUGACCUGGAGAUGAAGAGCUGGACACGUUAUCCCUGCAUCCCCAGCCGGAGGGCCUUUUCCUGCUGUGCUUCAAAUGAGCGAAGCCUCUUCAGCCUUGGGGGCCUCCAGCAGCCGGGGCCGCAUAACUUUUACUCCAGACCUCACUUUGUCAGCACCAUGGAAGAGUAUGAUCUGGAUCAAGGUAUUUGGAUAAAACCCACUCGGAUGUCCAGGAUGAGGGAGAAGAGGGCUGACUUUGUGGCAGGAUGCCUGGGUGGAAGAGUCAUCAUAGCUGGUGGUCUAGGCAAUGAACCCUCGCCGCUGGGCUCGGUGGAGAGCUAUAACCCGGUGAAGCGGCGCUGGGAGUACGUGGCGCCCAUGCCCACCGCGCGCUGCUCCUCUGCUCUUCUGCAGGCGACCAACAUGCUGUUUGUAAUUGGUGGAGUUUCACAGGGACCCAGUAAUGCUGUGGAGGCCCUGUGCAUGCAGGAAGCAGUGUGACACAAAGACACACACGAACACACGAGCAAGAAUAUGUGCAAACUGGCACUGAUAUUUUUCUUCAUGUGCGUGAACAGAGACACAAACACAUGAAAUGGAUCCACAGAUCCUGCUUGUACUCUUCUACCUUUAUGUCCGGCUGAUGGAUUCAUCUAGUGCACCGGGCUGUGGGAAACUCUUUUUCACAUUCGACAAACAUUUUCUGACAGGAGCUGCGGAGACAGGUUGUGACAUCUCUAGAUGAAUACAAGAUUAAGGACAUACAAGUGGACUGCUGUGACUGGCAAGGACAGAAAACUGACAAUUCUUUUUUUUUACUCUGGGGAAAUCAAAGGAAGAAGAAAAUGAGCAAAAAAAACAAAACAAAAAACAGACACCGUGUCUGAAGAAAUAACACGCCUUUGAACUGUUGAGCAUUUUUCUGAAUAAAAGCAGGGUACUUUUCUGGAUAAUAAAGGAACAUAGGGCCAUAUCUGAAUCUCUUUGUUGCUCUCCCCUACUGCUGCAACAGCAAGCUCAGACACUUUUCUAUGCCCUUAGAAACAACAUUAUAUUGAGUUUUAGACAGUUGAGGUUCUGAGAAUACGAAUGACUGUUUUGGCUUCUCACUUUUUUGGUUUGGUUUGUUUUGUUCUGUGUAUAUGCGUGUAAAGCAACCUUGACCUGGUGUCACACACCACGAGCAACUCAUGCAGCUGCAAGCCCAUCUACUUUCUACAAUCAGUCAACCACUGAUGGAUGUUGAGUCAGACACUGUGUUUCCUUCAUUUCAGUUGAAAAACUGGCUGUGAUUGAGCUUAUUAUCACCUCAAUAUGCUUCACAUCUGUCCACCUGUGCAUCACAGCAAUCACUUCCAGAGCUACUUUACAUUGUACCACGCAGAUGUAGUUGAUGGCAGAAUAAAUGUAGGGCUUUUCAAAUGUGCUGCACAGAAGCAUCCAGAUAACCCUAAUUUUUAUUUUAACUUCAUAUCAGUCAGAUUGCAGAUACACAUAUCACAAUCGUGAUUCUAGCAGUUUUAUCACUCUCUAGGUAUAAAAAUGUGAGGACAUUUAUGUAUUUAGCUAAAACCAUACAGUAUUUAAGAAUUAGGGUUGACAUGAGUAUUGUUGGACAGUUUCAUGGUUUUCUAUGGAAAGAAAAGUGAUUUGAAAUCUGAUGUUUGGGCGUGACAGAGCUAACAUCAUCAUAGUUUUUUCUUCGCCACAUGAACAUAGAUGUCAGAGUUGUCUAUUUAAAGGUGUUUCUGGCAAAAAAAAAAAAAAAAAAUCUGUCUUGUGAAUAUAAAAUAUUCAUGUCUGUGUGGCUAAAAGGAAAGGAGACUGAAAAGUUUGUCGCUUGCAGAGGAAACAAAACUGAAAAAGUUCACAGAAAGUUUCUGCAGUACCGUCUUUUUUCUGCUCUUAGUCUGCAAUUUCAGUAGGAUCCAAACAAUCUUUUGGGGGUUUUUUUGCUUAAAAAACAUAAAAUAUGCUACUUCUCGCAUUAUAUCAAUUACAUAACAUAUAAUUAGUGUAUUUAGUUAUCAGUGUUGGGCAAAAUAGUUAGAAAGCUGUACAAAUAUAAUGUGUAAAUGUGUUUUUACCAGUGGCUAAUGUUAGCUAGCCUACAAUCUGUUAGCUAACUUGCAAUCUGGCUUUAUAGCCAGCAAGGAUGAUAUGUGUGCUUAUAUGCUGAUCUUGGUCUGCCUUCCACUGAAGGCUUUCCUUUAGUGUAUUCUGGCAUAGGUCUGCUAGCAAGCUAGCAAGCUAGAUAUUUUGCGCAAAAAAGAAGACAAAUUAAAAAGAAGCCUAAAAGUGCCUGAAGCUGCAGCUCCUCUGAUGGCCAAAGGUGUUUUAGACCUUUUAACAUAGAGUCCUAUGUUAAAAUGCCAGACAGCAGAAAUAAACAUAGUUACAGCCUUGUACAAAAAAAAGAUAUUUUGAACACAUAGCUUAAUGACAGCUUUAUUGUUGGCCAAUUUUAAACUCACCAGUCUGAGUUAGAUUAAGGCUUCAUGAUUAAGGGAGAGGCUCUCUGAUUGACAUCCUCUUGUUCAGCAUUAGGGUGUACUAAAGGUAACUCUGUUUUUUCAUUAAGUAUUUGGUUUUAAAAUUGUAUUUUCACAAACCAAAAUUAUCACUGUAUUUAACGUCACUUUGAAUUACAAAUUAUUUACUAAUGCAGCAGGCUAACCAAGCUAACCAAGUUAGCAGAGGUUCGUUAGCUGAUACUUUCCAACUCCACUCAAAAAACAAAACACACAAGAAAAACAAAAACACCCUCCAUUAUUUUAGCUUUUACCAAAAUGGCUAAGAUUAGGCUUAACACAUAGUUCACAAAUAGAUAAUUUCAAAAUGGUAACACCCGUCUCUUAUAUGCUUUCUGUUAUAAAAGAAAGCACAUUAAUGGCUGACCACUAUCCCCUAGGACUGGUAGUUUCCAAUUAUUCUUGCUCUCACUGGAAUCUACUGUAAGUGCCGUGAUUUCAACAUCUGCUACAAACGUUUCCGAGCCACCACCAAUGCAGUAACCUCAUCAAGUCACACUGAAAAAGACAGAUUUUAGAUUGUUUGGGCAAAGGUGAGGCUUUGCGUUAAAGAGUUAAUGGAGAAAGCUGCAGUACACAAUGUUUUGUGACAGAUGCGCUGACCUGCGGACAGGAGAGAGUUUGGGCAAGAAAGCAAAGGAAGUCACUGUGCAGCAUGUAGUCUCUGCUGGUCUUUAUGUAUUCUGCUGAACCAUGUUCUCCCAUAAUGGUGGCAUUUCUGAAUAUGCAAACACAGAUCCAGUCAGCAGCUUUUACUGUAUUCAUUUACUGUAACACAGCACUCUUUUAAGGCCUAGCAGGUUUGGUACUGAGAAUUUUUAACCUCGGGUCUAAAUUAUAAACUUUUCUAUUAUAGCCAUAGUAGGCAGGAACAGUAGGGAAGACACUAGAAAUAAUGGCACUAGCUAACAUUAGUAGAGACACUAAUACACAAAAAUACUUUAUAUAACCCACUGACUAUAAUGACAUGGUUUAACAUUUAAAGAUGAUAUUGAUCACUUACAUCCAGACCAUUUGAAAUAAGUGAAAUAUUGACUUAAUCCGCAGAAAAACUUGGGGAGACACAGGAGUAGAGCCCCCACAAUAAGCUUUUAUUCAUACUAAGACACAUGCAAACACACACACAUACGUCUCCUUCAUUGUCUUUCCACAGCUUCAUAUGUUUUCUGGCCCACACCCUGGUGCACCGUGCUAACAGACUCAGACAUGUAUUGCUGUGAGAGAGCACUGCAGCCACAGGGGCUCAGAUGAGAUGCCAGCUGACAGUCAGUUAUUUUAGGCGCUGCACUGUGUGCACCUAAUUGAGUACGUUAGGUACAAGUCAGAAGCUCAUAUAUGCAUGUGUGCACACACACAGAAAACACACCACACACACACACCUGCUUGUACACAGAGCCAAGCAAGCGUGAAUGCAUGCAUGGUCCGUCUGGAUACAUUUGUUUGGACGUUUGGACAUUCUUUCUCAACAGCUCAGUUGUUUCAGGACUCUGUCCGUAUGGAUGCCUGGCCAUAUCGUGGAUGUCUUUGGAACAAUGACUUUGUAGAAUAGAAGAAUUUAUAGAAUUGGUAAAACGUGUAUAUUUACAUGCAUGUAAUCUGCCCACAUAGCAUAUGGUUGGCUUAAAUAGAGGUCAUAAUUUGUCUAAUUGGCCGUCUCACUUGUUUGUUGUUGUUUUUUAAAUAUCUCCAGCUGUUAGUUUCUUUUUACACUUCUUCUUUGUCUUUUUUCACUACACACCCAUGCUCAUGGCUGCAGUAGGAGAAGUAACAAUUAGCUGUCUUGACAGUUUACACUAUAAUCUUAACAAGGCUCAGGGAACAUAUGUGUACGUAUUGUAAUACUACAGUAUGCCACUGAGAGGAACUGACAGUGAGACUGGCCCUAUGAUGGUUAAUGGACAUAAGCAGAGUUAAUUUGGUUCGUACUUUAGCUUGGGGGCGGCUGACACACAGCAACAUUUGGAGGUGUUUUUCUGGCAACCUGCACGAGCUCUUGAGGAGCUAUCAGUGCUUUUUAUGUGGAAACAGCUGUUUGCUGCAGGUGGUAAGAAGGUGGAAAACAGCAGAAAGACAAUCUGCUGAAAGAACCCCCUAUUUAAAAAACUAAAGCUAAUUUAUUGUACUUACAUACCGUAAUUUAACAAACAUCUGUUUAACAAAUCAUAUCUCUUCACAGUCUGUACAGCAUGUGUCACCAUGUGUCCUUAAACCCCUAAUUCAGAUAGGGAAAAAGCCUCAGGAAGAAGACCACAGGAGGGGCUUCUGUUCCACCACAGGCAGAUGUGAACCUGAAAAUUUUAAAGUAAGGACAAUCAGAACCCAGGAUGGGUUUGCCACUACAGGUGAAACCUCACAUUUCAUAGCUAUUUAGUUGCUAAUGACAAAUAUAUAUCUUACAGUAGUUCUUUUUUCAUUUUUUAAACGUACAUUUUUUUUCCAGUGGCAACUGAGCAACAUUAGCAUGCAUUUGAUGUUUUUUUUUUUUUCAAUAAUAGCAAAUUUCACCCUCCUUUUGUGUCUGAUUUGGUCUCCACACAUCCAAAGCUAAAACAGCCUGACUUGUUUCAUAAAAACAAGUUUCAGGCAGAGAUUAAAGGGGCUAAGGGUUUUUAGUUAGCUUGGUGUCCUACAGUCAUGUUCAUGUGUGUCUGCUUGUGGGAAUGCUUGUUAUUAUGCCUGUGUGGGUGCAUGUGAGCUUUUUUUUUUUACACCAUGACACAUUCACCAUCUAUUAUUGCUUUCUGGAGGUUGUACAAUGCAAGCUUUCUGUCACUGCAGCUAUUGGAUCCAGUUUACCUGCCACACUGCAGUCUCCUGAGAUAUUCUGGGACUUUUCUAGAGCUAGCUCUCUCUUUUGGCCUGCGGUCUCUACUGGCAUUUUAAUAAUAAUAAUAAAAAAAAUCUCCCACCUCUCUGACCUUAUCAUGGUAUGAUGGAUAUACUGAGAAGACGUCUCAUAAGUCUAGAAUUUGUCCUUCGGUGUGAAAGUCUGUCUCUCUGGCUCUUGAUGUGAUGUAUGUGCUAGGCUGUGUACUCACUGCAGUAAAAUUCCUCUGCAGCAUCUGACAGCAGGUUGAGAAACAGAACAAAAGAGCAGGAUGCUUCAGUACAGGCAGCAGCUAAUUACGUGCUGUUCUGUUUUAGAAGACCAUGAGCAAGUGAUGCACAAGCAUAUGUAAAUGUCUAUGUAAAUGUGUUCUAGCAAUACAGGUUGAAAGCCAAAAUGUAUUGUGAUCCUGCUUCUCAUGACAGCAGCAUUAAUAUGGUUUUAACUGGUAAGAGUUUCUACACGAAAUGGCUCAAAAAUCUUCAGAACCUGAGGCGUGACGCAAUUUUGCAACCAAGUGCCCGACCAUAUGACAAUAAUCAUCCUACAGUACAGAGCGCUGCUGACAGGGAACUAAUGCAAAACAUUUUCAAGCAACAAAUGAGACUCCCAGGGCCCCUCCCCCAACAAAUUAAAAAGAAAAAGUUGCCUUGUGUGUCCUUACCUCUUAAAACUGCAGAUACAGUAUGUACCGUCUUCUCCACGACACAUUCAGGGCCAUGUUUUGGUAUAGGCAGCCUUGUGCCUUGCUUCACAAAAAUAAGGCCAACAGACUCAGGUUGGGACAAAACCACAGGGGUGCAUUUUUAGCACAGUGCAAAGACGAGGGGUGGGAAAUGCUUAAGUUACAGUGUUUCAGUUUGAAUCCAAUCAGAACUGUGUCGUUUUUUCAACAAUGAAAAGCUUCUCCUUUUUUCUCUUUUCUUUUUUGUUGUGCGGGCAGCUUGAGCAUGGAUUCCCGGUUGCCCGGGCAACAGGGAACAGUGUCAACACCCGCCGGUAGCAUAAAUGUGUUCGCUUUUACAUUAGCAUAGCAUAGCCAUGAGUUCUUUUUAUUCUUUGUGUCUUUGGAGCUGAACAAAAAACCCCAAAAUAAAACCCCAAAAAAGCAAAAAUAAAAGAAAGAAAGAAAGAAAGAAAGAAAGAAAGAACAAACAUGUCUUUGAUUAAGUGAUCAAGAUUAAAUAUGAGUAUUUUUUUGUUGUUAAUUGUUCCUAUUUGUUCAUUAUUUUGGCCUCCAGUUGUUUGUCUUGUGGAUUGAGGUCGUGAGGUGACAGAUGUGUUGUAGUGUUGUCCAGAUCUGAGCUGGGUUCCCCAAAGUGUUUGUCACUGGUUUGGUGUUCUUGCAAAGCUUUGCUUGGGCUGAAAAUAUAUUUUAAUAGACAUACACAGACUAAAAAAAUAUCUCUUUAUUUUUUACCAUGUGGGUCAGAUGAGAUGUGUAGAAGCACACUUUGUAUAUUUCUGACAAGGAUACUGUGUUUGUUGGAAUAUAAAAGCCUACAAAGGUUAUGAGUACUAUUCAGUUUCUCACUUCAAUUUCUUGAGUGGGUUUCAGCGAAAUGUAGAAAACAUUCUGUGACUGAAACAAGAUGCUUCUACUGUCACCAUCUCGGAGACCACUGGCCUUUCAGUGCGUCUGUCAUUUUCACUGCUCGGCAUCAAAGUAGAAACUAGUUUGUACAGACAUUUUGGGAAACACAAACCCAGAAUCCACUCUCCUGUUCUGAUCUCUCUCUCUUUCUCUGUACUGUGCUGUUUCCCUACAGUGAUUGACAAAACCUGGUAAACUGCUUUGUGGUCUCAGUAUUGCCAUGUGCUCUGUAUUUGCAAAUGUGAUUUGGGAGGCCUACUGAAAGUUACCGAAUGUACUGAAUGUGAUAAGACAGAAGACGAGACGUGGGGACGGGAGCUUUCUACACUCUCCCAGGCAUAAGUGGGAAUGUGCAACAGUUAAAUAGAACCUUGUUUAUGCUAUACUGCUUUACACUUACAAUGACAGUGUAAACAUGUAGUCAUAGAAUCACACCAUACAUAAAAACUAUGCACUUACAUGGCUUCACCCUCAAGUGACACUAACACUAGCUAGAGUCAGAUAUGAGUCCAAUUCAGCAACAAUUAAAUUCAAUGUCACAACUGUAAAAAUACAAAUAUAAUUGAGAAGUUUUACAUCAUAAUAUACAGUACUGUUUUAUUAAUUCAGGUUCACUGACCGAGUUAUAACAUAUUGAUGUUGUUUGAUCCAAAUCCAGCCGUAACAUUCAGCGCAAUCAUUUAGGACUGCUGAUAAGUAUUUUAAGUGUUUAGCCUAUGGCACCACAUAUUCACCCUUAAACACACUUCUUUAUACGGUUGCUUGUUUCUUACAUCCUUGGCUGCAGCUUUUCAGCUGCCAGCCGCACUUACACAACAACAACAAGAAAACUCGUCGGGUCCCGGCACGUUUAAUAGGGGAGGCUUGAUGAGCUUAUCGAGCUCAGGUGUGUCUGCCUCCCCCGCAGCCACGCCAUGAACCAUGCCCCGCCACACCCUAUUUUACACAUGAAAUUCUUUUUCUCAUAAUGAAAGUGCAUGAAUAACGCUUUGAAGUUAACAGUCAAAAUAAUAAAUUGGAAACCAGCAAGUCAUUUAAAUGGUUGCCAUUAAUAUAUAAAUUAAGGGAACACUGGGAUCUCACAUCAGAUGAUGAUGAGAUGAUGAAAAAUGCUUUGUCUCAUAUUUGAGUAAUUAUUUUGUAAAUAUUUUGUCAAUAAUUAUAAUUAUGUGUGUGUGUGUGUGUGUGUGUGCGCGUGUGUGUCUGAGAAUGACAUAUUCAUAAAAUUAAUACUCUUUACAGAUAUACUUGGCGCUGAUAACAAACAUGGUGUAGACAUGGUUAUAAUUUAUCAAUAAUGGUCUGAGGAAACCAAAAUCAACCCCUUGAGAGCUCCCAAAAAUUUAAAUUGUUAAAAUUGUUGUGUUAAGAGUGUUCCCUUAAUUUUUUUGAGAAUUGUUUAUAAAAAAUAAGGUCUCGCUUAGUGCCGUCCUAGUGGCAGCCUGUUGUAGCAGCUCCCUGUCUCUGAUAUAUCUAUCUAUCUAUCUAUCUAUCUAUCUAUACAUAUAUAUAUCUAUAUAUAUAUAUAGAUAUAUAUAUAAAAUGAAAACACAUUUAGACAUUUAGCACAUUUUAGAAAAGGUUUAACUUACCCCGCAGAUUUGAGUCAAGCCAAGUGACCUAACUGCCAGAAAUUAAAUUUUACAUCAAUUCCUAACGUCAAACUUGAAAUCAUGCCCUGGUGUCUUGCUCAAUUUCAACCAACAUUUACUAGAAAACAGAUCACUUCAUUUUCAUUACCUAGUGGGGACAAUCUGUAACUGUUUUUAUAAUUAUAAAUUAUAAUGAAUUAAAUAACAUUUUAUUCAAAAUUGGCUGUUGCUAAUAGUUUAACAGUUCAGAGAACUGUUCAUUAAUUAGUUAAUAUUUAAAUGAGAAGCUAGAGCUCGAGUUGGCUAACUUAGCUCAACAUAAAGACUGGAAGUCAGGGAUAAUGACUAGCUUGGGCCUUUCCGAUUAUUGGUGGCUGCAAAGGAAAGCUUAUUUAAUUUGACUUUUUAACAAAUAGUAAUUCAUUUACUGUAAAUAAUUUCUAUCCAUAAUAUUUCUGCCCUUUGCCAAGUAAUAGUUUAAGGUCACCCCUAACUGUAUUUGAACCUUUCUGUUCUGGUACGAGUCAAACAAAAGAGUCUCAGAAUGUUAAACUAAAGACAGACACUCAUUGUUUCUACUCUUUAUGCUAAGCUCAGCUCUCUAGCUUUACUGUCACUGUACACAAAGUGGUAUUGAUACUCAUAUCAAACAUACAUUUUAUUGAUUUGCUCACUCUGACUGGACUCAUACCUCUGACUGGGUUAGCCUUUUAGAUACAUUAGCCCUGGAGAACCCAUGGGGUCAGAGCCGACCCCAUUGGUUUUCUAGGGAAACCAUGGGGUCAAAUUUGACCCCAUGGGUUCUCCAGGGUUAGAAACAACCAUAGCUAGUCACUUGAGGGUUAAGUGUCACACAAGAGGCAGCAUGUUGUAUUGUGAUAAAGCUAAUGCCAGGUGCUUAUUCUGCACCACACAUGUACAAAGUUAUUAAGAAAUUAUUUCUUCUACUUGAUAAUCCCUCUAACAUCAAACAAGAUUAGGCUACUGCCUGUUUACAGGAGGAGGAGUGUUUCCUUUUCAUUCACCACUCACACAGAAAGAUAGAGGGCAUACGCCGGCAUUACUUUUCUUGUUAUAAUUCUGGUUAUAAUGAUGAAGUAAUCUUGGUGGUAUUCAUUGUUGUGGUUGUUGUUGUCACUGUAAUAGGUCAAUGUGACAUUGCAAUGUGUUUUAAAGUAAUGGUUGGGAUAAAAAAAGAAAGUGAAUGAGAUUGUAUUAAAGAGCUGAGAGAAGUACGAGGCUAAAUUAGCUUAGGGGUGAUAGGAUCGUGGAUGUACACAGGGAAAGGCUGCCUCCCCUCACCAAAGCCUGCCAGACACAUUCUUACACCACCAGAUAAAAUCAGUGGGUUUUAAAAAUGAUAACAAGGAUUAACAAUGGGUUAGAGCACAAUCCAUCCAUCCUAUUAACAGCUGCAUGACUUUGGCUAAUAACUCAAUAAUGACAGAUUACAUACAAUAAGCUUUCCUAUCUUUCUGAGAGGAACAAUAAUACAACCAGAGUUACUUUGACUUUUAUUCUUCCAUUCCUUCAUUCCUAAUUCAUGCUUUGAUGAUGAAGGCUAAAAAGAAUAAUUAAAAAGUUGGAGCCAUUCAGUGAUAUGAGCAGAUAUGGUUUUGGCUCUUGUAUCACAAAUGUUGUUACACAUUCAUUGGUCAAUGACUUGUUAAUCACAAGUCAAGCCAAACCACUGAGCCCUGUUUAUCUUCUUUUCUGACUCAAAUUUACAGAAAACACUUAAUUAUGAAUUUAGGAUGACUUGAAACUGGCGACGAAAGCUGCUGCCUCCUGCUGGCCAUUGAGAAAAAUGCAGGUUUAAGGCAUUUCUAUACUGGCUGCAGUUUUCAGACCUUCUUUUAUAUAUAGUUUACCAGUAUUUACAUUUUGAAUUACACCAACCGAUAACAGUUUGCACCACACGCCUGUUCUGCAUGCACUAUGGGUGUAUCUUUGUUCAAUCUAAAUGAUCAUUUUGCUGCUAUAUCUUUAACAUUUAGCAUUAUUUGGGUGUCUUGAUUUGACGUGCUGUACAUGUAGCUGUAGCCAAAAUAAAUGUGACUGGCAGGCUUUGGUUUUCAGACCGAGUAGUGGCUGUGAAUCCAGUGCAGUAGUUCAGUGCCUAUACUAAAUGUGAGGUAGUGCCUCGACUAUGAAUCCUGUUCUAUAAUAAACAAUUUUGACUUGC